AAUAGGAUAAAAUAUUAAGAUGUAUUUCAUGAUUACUAGUUUUAUUUUUAGUCUGUGUUUUUCUAUUAUUUAAUCUGUGGACAUGUUAUCUGUAGACUGUAGAUUUUUGGUUGUCUAUGACUUGACUUUGACGUUUUUUUGGUACGAUGUAAUGGAGGGUUGUUGAAAUGUAUUUUUGAUAUGUAACCGGUGUCUGGGAAAUAAAUCGAUUGGGCGAAUUUGGCUUUUCAUUUACACCAUCCCCACAUAAUUUGGGGGCUCGUCCGGGAUACGGGAUGGUGGAAUAAAGAAAAAACAGACGAAGACUAUGAUGCCGGUGAUUUAACCUGAUUAAGAAUUUACGAAUUACGAACGAAGACUAAGAUUUAAAGAAGCUUAUGAUUAUACGAUUACGACUUGAAGACUAUAAAACUUUUUAUUUACAUUAUUCAACAUGCCGCCGAAACGAGUAAAAGAUGAUGAUGAUUGUGGUGAACCAUCGCCGCGUAUUUCCUUCAAUGACUUAGAGAAAUCAAUGACGCCAUUUUCGGGUGAUGAUGCCUAUGGCAUCGAAACAUUCGUAAAAGAUUUUGAAGAUAUUUCCUCUUUAAUGCAAUGGGGCGAAAUAGAAAAACUCAUAUUUUCGAAGCGGCUUCUCGCGGGAACCGCCAAGCUAUUUUUACGUUCACUAAGUGGGACCACCACGUGGGAUACACUUAAGUCUGAGCUCCGUGAGGAAUUUGGUAAGAAGUUGAACAGUGCAACUGUUCACAAGAGACUUUCAACUCGCCGGAUGAAGAUGAAUGAGACUCAUCAGCAAUAUUUUUUACAUAUGAAGGAACUUGCAGUACUUGGGAAUGUUGAAGAUGAAGCCCUGAUGGAAUAUGUCAUCGACGGUAUUAAAGACAGUGAGUCCAACAAAAAUAUUUUAUAUGGCGCUUGUAACAUUAAAGAAUUCAGAAAGAAAUUAGACAUUUAUUCAGAAAUUAAGAAAAAAUCAUAUUCACCUAAUAAGAUUCAAAGUAAUUCAGUAUCAAAGUCCAUUGGCAUGAAAAUUCAAAAAACACUACGAGUAAAGAGAUGUUUCAAUUGUGGAGAUUUAGAUCAUGAGUCGCCUAAUUGUACUAAAGGCAUUAAAUGUUUUAAAUGCAACUUGUUUGGCCAUAAAUCAACUGAAUGUUCUAAAAGUAUAAAAAAGAGUUUGGAAAUUAUGUCAACUAAAAAUAAUAUUGAUGUGAGACCUUUCAAGAAGCUGAAAAUAAAUAAUAUUGAUGUAGAAGCCCUGAUUGAUACCGGAAGCGAUGCUAAUUUAAUAAUUAUGUCUUAUUUUAGGAAGAUUCAAGGUGAAAAAUUGUUAUCUUAUAGUUCAGGAACAACAGAAACUUUAACUGGAAUAGCUGAAAAGGAAAUUUAUACAAAAGGAUCUUUCACAGCAAAAAUUGAAAUUGAUGAUUGUUAUUUUGAAACUUUAUUUUAUGUUGUUGAUGAUGGCGCUAUCCCUGUCAACAUUAUAUUAGGAAAUCCUGUACUGAAAGAAGUAGAAAUCAAUUUUAAAUCUGGAACUAUCACUGCAACAAGAAUAUUACACCUUACAAUGCUAGAGAAUGAAAAUGAAGAUAUCACAAAUAUUGAAAACAAAGAAUAUAAGAAUAAAAUACAGAAUAUUAUAAAAGAAUAUAACCCCAAAAGAUGUACUAAAGCAUCAAAUGUAAAACUUAAAAUAUUAUUAACCGAUGAUGUACCAGUUUAUCAGAAUCCACGACGAUUGUCACCUUUGGAGCUUAACAUUGUUGACAAACAGAUUAAAGAAUGGCUUGAUGAAGGAAUAAUAAAAACAAAAGGUGAAAUUAAACCUUCAGUGGAGAAAAUUGCCGCUGUAGAACAUUUUCAGACUCCUCACAAUAUAAAGUCACUUCAAAGUUUCCUCGGACUAACAGGUUAUUUUAGAAAGUUUAUAAAGGAUUAUUCUUUAAUAGCAAAACCUCUGACUGAUUUACUAAAGAAAGACUGCUCCGCCUUGACUAUGACAUUGCAGAAAAAAGACUUACCUCCGAGAGUAGCUCGCUGGGCGCUCUUACUUGAAGAAUAUGACUACACGAUUGAACAUCGGCCUGCAGCAAGGAUGAAACAUGCAGAUGCUCUCAGCCGACAGCCUAUAAAGAAUAUAAUUGUACUUACCGAUACCGCAGCACGCCUGCGAAGAGCUCAAGAUGAUGAUCUGCAAAUAAAACUAAUAAAGAAAGUAUUAGAAAAGGAAUCUUAUGAUGACUAUGUUUUAGAGAAUGGAAUGUUAUGGAAGAUUAAGGAUGGAAAUAAAUUAAUGGUUGUACCUAAGAAAAUGCAAAAUGAAAUUAUAAGAAAACAUCAUGAAAACGGACAUUUUGGUUGUGUUAAAACUGAGGAAUUAAUAAAUAGAAAUUAUUAUAUAGAGAAUUUAAAGGAAAAGAUUAAAACAAACAUUGAUAAUUGCGUGGAAUGUAUACUUAAUUCAAAUAAAAGAGGAAAGAAGGAGGGAUUUCUACAUGUAAUAGAUAAAGGAGAUUUACCAUUGUCUACUUACCAUAUUGAUCAUUUAGGACCGUUGACAUCCACCAAUAAAAAUUAUAAAUACAUUCUUACCGUUGUAGAUGGAUUCACAAAGUUUACAUGGAUUUAUCCGACAAAGACACUAUCCACCAAUGAAGUAAUAGAUAAAUUAAAUAUUCAACAACAGACGUUUGGCUCGCCGCAACGAAUCAUAAGCGAUCGCAACACUUCAUUUACAUCCAACAUGUUUAAAGAAUACUGCGAAGAAGAAGGAAUUAUGCAUCAUACAAUCACAACUGGUCAACCGAGAGGAAAUGGUCAAGUUGAGAGAAUACAUAGAAUUAUUAUUGAAGUUUUAAGCAAAUUAUCAUCAGACGAUCCUACAAAAUGGUAUAAACAUAUCAGUAAAUUGCAAAGAUGUUUGAAUAACACAUAUCAGAGAAGUAUAAAGAUGUCACCUUUCCAACUUUUAACAGGAAUCAAAAUGAAUGAUAAAGAUGAUGAUAUUUACAAUAAAAUACAAGAAGAGUUUCAGCAACAUUUUUACAACGACCGUGAAGAACUAAGAAGGAUGGCGAAAGCAAAUAUUCAGAAUAUACAGGAUGAAAACAUUAAAAAUUAUAAUAAAAGGAGAAAGAAGUCAAACAAUUACGAAGUAGGUGAUUUAGUAGCGAUUAAAAGGACACAAUUUGUACAAGGUUAUAAACUUUAUCCAAAAUACCUCGGCCCGUAUGAAGUUAUUGAGAAGAAGAGAAAUGAACGAUAUAAUUUAAGGAAGAUAGGUCAGGGUGAAGGCCCUCUGAGAACCUCAAGCUCAGCUGACAUGAUGAAGCCAUGGGUAGCGACUGUUGACUCAUCUGGGACAGAUGAUUCUGCAGGAUGACCGUGUGGGAAUAGGAUAAAAUAUUAAGAUGUAUUUCAUGA